UAAAGUAAGGAAAGACAAUAAAUAAUGUGUUGUGUUCUUAACGUUCUCUUUCCCGUUUCUUCUUCUUCUUCUUCCCUCAAACCCCAAACCCACAUGUCUGCUUCUGGAACUUCACUUCCGGACUCCGAUUGGCCCCGUCCUCAUGAUCCGACCCGACCCGACUUACCUUUCUCCCACCACCUCCCUCCUGAUCCUCUCCUCUCCGCCGGUUCCUUCAUCGACUCCUCCUCCUCCUCCGCUACCGCCACCCCCAUCUCCACCGUCCCUUCCCCAACCCUACCUUCCAGAGAUCUUGACCGGACUCCUCGCAAAACCCCCCAAACCUCUUCCACUCGUCGAUCUCCAUUGCGCCCCGACCCUCUCAACUCUUUCAAUGGAGAUUCUUCCCCUUCCAAGAAAGUCUCCGCUUCUAACUCUGCGUCUUCGAAAUCUGCCUUGUCUGAACGGCCUAAUUGGCUUCCCCCUGGCUGGGUUGUUGAAGAUAGAGUUCGUUCCUCUGGUGCUACCGCUGGAACCGUCGAUAAGUACUACUUUGACCCAGUCUCAAACCGUCGAUUCCGGUCUAAGAUCGAGGUUCUUUACUUUCUGGAAACAGGAACAUUAAGGAAACGGAAGAAAUCAUUAGAUGGUAAUCCGUCGUCUACCGAUGGCUCUGACGAACCCAAGGGCAAGAAAUCUUCCAGCAAUGCUAAAUCUGCUCCUUUAAACUUCGAUUUCUUCAAUGUACCUGAAAAGGUCGAAUGGGUUCUCACUGACCCAUCUCAGGAUGCUUGGACACCCUUUAUCGACAACGAGAAAGUUCCUGAAUCUACUAAAUGCGAAUGGGUGGGAGCUUUUCAACUCCUUGGCCGAUCGAAAGUUUGAAGUUAGAAGGCAAUUCCAUCCCAUUUGGACAUUUUUUGAGACAACCAACCCAUUCAGGCAAGAACUGUUCCCCCUCCCUCCCUCCCUCUCUCUAAUGGCUUCCCAUCUCCAAAUUCUUUUGGUCUUUUUUUUCUUCUUCUUUUUGGAAGGAGCAGGUGAGGUUGAGGGGGAAGUGUUGUGGAAAAACAGAUUUGGUUAGGAAAAAAUACUGGAAAAAACAUGACUUUAUCUAACUGACUAUGUCUUGGACUGUGGAAGAAGUGAUCAAAUUUGUGUAGAUGAGGGCUGCUCUGUUCAUUCUCAACAAUCAAAUGUAUUUGAAUGAGGGGCUACUUCAUUUUUAUUCUA